AUGUACAUUGUAAAGCCCUCGUGGCUUUGUCAUUCCGAUGACCAGAAAAAAUUCGAGGUGUACUCCGUCACGGUAUCCCCAGACAACCAGAGAGUCGCGACAGGAGGCCAGGACGGCAAGGUACGUAUUUGGAGCGCACAAAGCAUUCGCGACUCGGCCAAGGGCGACAAUGAGAGCUCUGACACACCCUCGAAUCUCUCCGGAGCCCCUGCGCCGGGCGCCAAACAGCUGUGUUCUAUGGCUACUCACAAUGGUGCAGUGACAGUCGUGCGUUUCUCGCCAGAUGGACGGUAUCUGGCGACUGGAUCCGACGAUCGGGUGGUGCUGGUGUGGGAACGUGACUCCACCAAGGUGCCCAGAAAGGAGUUUGGAAGCUCUGGGGAAGCCGAUACAGAGUCGUGGAUCGUGCGGAAACGUCUGGCUGCACACGACAACGAUAUCCAGGACCUGGCAUGGGCCCCCGACUCGUCCAUUCUCGUCACUGUUGGUCUGGACUCGGGUGUCAUUGUGUGGAGCGGCACCACUUUCGAGAAAAUCCAACGACUGGAUGCCCACAAUUCCCACGUCAAGGGCAUUACGUUCGAUCCUGCCAACAAAUUCUUUGCUACUGCUUCUGACGACCGAACAGUGCAAAUCUUCCGAUACAACCGUGCCUCUGCCACCGACGUGACCUUCUCCACCGAAGCUACAAUUACCAGUCCCUUUAAGCAAUCGCCUCUGUCUACAUACUUUCGACGGUGCUCGUGGUCACCCGAUGGAAACCACAUUGCCGCAGCCAACGCGACUAACGGCCCCGUUUCUGUAGUCGCCAUCAUCAACAGAGGUACCUGGGACUCCGACAUUUCUCUGAUUGGUCAUGAGGCUCCUUGCGAAGUCGCUGCGUUCUGUCCUCGAAUUUUUGCUCGAACCAAGGAAGCAGCCGAGAAAAAGGACAAGAAGUCCAGCAGCGAAAAGGACAAGGAAUCGGACGUGAUAGACGUGGAUGCGGAACCCAAGGUGCCCGAAAGUGUGCCCAUCACCGUCAUUGCUUCUGCUGGCCAGGACAAAACCCUGACCAUCUGGAAUACCAGUAACCCGCGGCCCGUGGUUGUGUGCCACGACAUGGCGCUCAAGACCAUCACCGACCUGGCAUGGUCCCAGGAUGGUAUGUCACUGUUUGCCACGUCGCUGGAUGGCUCUAUUUCAUACGUCCAGUUUGAGGAGGGCGAGCUGGGCUACGUGGUGUCCAUGGAGGAGAACGAGAGCCGACUCACGCGAUACGGAGGCGGCAAGGAGGCUGCUCAGAUCCCUGAAUCAGUUGAGCAGCUGGUCCUUGAAGAAAAGGUUGAGGCCAAGGAGGUCAAGGAUAGCGAAAAGCGAAUGGAAGAGCUGAUGGGAGCAGCAGGGGCAGGCUCUAAGGCCAUUGCUUCAGGAGCCACAGUGAUUCCCUCGCCAGCAAGUACAGUUGCAGCAGCAGCGGCGGCUCCUGUCACUACCACAGCGCGUGCUACCACACCUCUUACUGCAGCUACCUCCAACCCUUCUACACCAGCCAAACCCGCCAAGCAAAAGGUGACCAUCACCAAGGAUGGUCGAAAACGAGUGGCCCCACAGCUUCUGACCACAACGUCUUCUUCGGUGCAGGGCACUCUUCCUGCCGCCACCACUUCCAGUGCUGCAGUUCCCGUUGCCUCGGCCACAGCAGAGACUAUUCCCGUGAAUGACUUCUCGAAGCCUUCCUACGCGCUUCCCAAGGGCGGGGUUUCGACUCUGGUGAUUGGUAGCAAGCGACGAUCAGACGACCUCGAGGAUGGUAGCAACGGAAUUCAGACUGCCCUCAAGAAGACACGCCCUGAUGACGAUGUUCCCGAGUACAUUGCGCCCGUUGUUGUCUCGCCUGCUACAACCACUUCACAGGUUCGCCUGGGAGCUCCCAAGGUGCGAAACCUGCUCAUGCGAUCCAUGACUGUUCGAGAUGCGGAAAAACCCCGCAUGGCCAACGAAAGCGUGUCUCUGGCGAACGGAGAGAACACCUCCAGCAGCAGUGCUCCCCAUUCUUUCAACUUUGAGGUCAGAAACGGCUCUGGAAACGAUCAGACGCCCACCAAGGUCAGCGUCACCCGAAACUCACAGGUGGUAUUUGUGGACUUUGUGCCUUACUACGUGCAUCUCAUUGCUGGUAACGGCUGCUACUUCUGGGCCACUAGUGCUGAGGACGGCUCUAUUGUGGUGUACUCGCCCAAUGGACGACGGAUGCUGCCCCCUCUAGUGACUGGAGCCCCUCUGUCUUUUCUGGAGUCUCAAAACGAGUAUCUGCUCGCUAUCUCAUCAGUGGGUAUGCUAUAUCUAUGGAACGUGGUGGAUAAAAAGGCAGUGUUCCCUCCCGUGUCACUGGCACCUAUUCUCGACUCCGGCAGUCGAUACGAAGACGGUGGAGUGCUCCGGGGGCCUCACGUGACCCAAUGUGGUGUUACCGGCUCUGGACGAGUCAUCAUCACUCUGUCGACGGGUUGUGGAUACACCUAUGACGAGGGUCUCAGGUCUUGGUGUCGUCUGAGCGAGCCGUGGUGGGCCACUGGCUCCCAGUACUGGUCUGCUACCCAACUACUGGGUGACGAGUCUGCGAAGAGCCGAUGGGUUCUUGCGGUGGAAGAGAGAACGGCCGAGGAGGCCCAGAGACGAGCUGGAGGCCGUGGUCGGUACCUCAAGCAGCUUACUCGAGCGACUCUCAACCGUGAGGGCUACGAGGGCAUGGAGGGAGUUGUUAGCAUUGCUCAUUUGGAGAACCGAAUCGCUGCUGCCGAAAUGCUCGAGAGUAAGCAUGAGCUACGAACCUUCAUCAUCAUGUACGCGCGUCGUAUUGCAGAGGAGGGUCUUCGGUCACGUGUGGAUGAACUCUGUCGCGAGCUUCUUGGCCCUGGAAAGUCUCAGGACUCCACCUGGAGCCCCACGGUGUGUGGUCUAGACAAGCAUGAGCUUCUCAAGGAGGUUGUGUUGAAGAUUGGCAAAUACCGGGAGUCUCAGCGAGUGGCUGUUGUUUACGGCCAGGCAAUUGGGUUGCUCGAAGACGAGGUGCUGGGCGUUGCUUCUUCCUCCAAGAGUGCUGCUUCCAAGGGAUCUAAGGACAAGGAAGACAACGAGGAGGAGGAUGGGGAUCACGACAUGACCGACUUCAAGGAUGCCAUGAGCGAGCAAUGA